GUCAUCCGGGUUAGGGUUUGGCCGGAGUAGGCUGUCAUUAUGAAUAAUAUUUGUUCUUAACUGAUGUGCCUAGUUAAACAUUUUAUAAAUAAAAUGCCAUAUGGAAUCACGUAGUAACAAAAAAAUUGUUAAAUCAAAAUAGAUUUUAGAUUCUUCAAAGUAGCCACCCUUUGCCUUGAUGACAGCUUUUCACAUUCUUGCCAUUCUCUCAACCAGCUUCAUGACGUAGUCACCUGGAAUGCAUUUUAAUUACAUUGUAAAAAACAAUCUUUAGGACCCCUUUCUCAAUACUUAGGUCACUUUUUCAAAACUCUUCACACAGUUCUCCUAACCAACUUUCAGCUUGGCACAGCAGUUAAUUUCACAUCCAAAAUUUACUAAAACUACCAAAACACUCCAUACAUGUCUCAGAUUAACUCAUUAUUCCAUAACACUCACAAAGUUUGUCAACCAACAAGAACACUUUGUCACACGAAAAACAAUGACCUAAAAACACUAACAACAGGUAGCAUUACCAAAAAAGAAUGACACCUAUCUACUGUUUAGAAUUCACUCCAGUAUAUGUUACAGGAAUGAAUCAGACAUGAUGCAAUAUGCUUCAAUAUGUUUUAUGUAGUUUUUUGGCAUUGAAUGAUUCCAAAAUACAAGAAUUUGUUUAUACACCAUCUACAGAUACAGUAUAAAUGCUAGUCCACAGGUUCUCCUCCACAUCACAUCUUAUGUCAUCUUGGGCAAUACACCUAGGAAAGAAUAUUUUGGCAUGCCUGGUCCAUCCCUGGCAGUCUUCUGCAGAUAUGUCUAGGCAUCCACCAUUCAUUGCGUCCAGGAGGGACAUUUGAUCAUGUGGAUGGUGGUCAUAAACCUUCCACCUCCAUGAGGAAAAUAAUUCCUCUAUGGGGUUGAGGAAUGGAGAGUAAGGUGAGAGGAAAAGGGACACCAUCCUGGGAUGAGCUGCAAACCACUCUGACUGCACAUGAGUGGUGAGAUGCCACAUUGUCCCAUACAAUUACAAACGUUGGCCGAUUUUGCCUCACUGCAACACUUUUCUCACCUGGCACAACCCUUCCAUAGAUGUCAUCCAGGAAUGAAAGGAGACGCUCGGUGUUGUAUGGCCCAAUUAGCAGUUUGUGUAACAACAAUCCAUCAGAGGAUAAUACUGCACACAUUGUGAUAUUGGCACCCCUCUGGCCCGGGACAUCCACUGUGGCUCUUUUCCCAAUCACAUUCCUUCCUCGCUUCCGUGUUUUAGCCAAGUUGAAACCAGCCUCAUCCACAAAGAUGAAUAUGUGGGCUGUUUGCCUGGCUUCAAUCUCCAUGACUCUCUCAAAUAAAUCCACAAGGUAACAUAAGAGUUAGGCUAUUACGGUAGUUUACAUUAUACCUAAAAACAUGCCAUUGUGUUCCUCUGCCCUGUUUGGUUUUUCAAAACCAGUUCUGUAUUUUAUAGUCAUCUUACCUGGACAUAUUGGUUCCUGAGUUGCUUGACUCUUUCAGAGUUCCUCUCAAAGGGGACAGUGUACAACUUCUUCAUCCCGAAUUUAUGUUGUUUCAGGACUCUAGAAAUAGUUGUUAUGCUUACAUUGUGAAUAUUUCCAAAUGUAAUGUUGUCUGCCAACACUCUGUCCCGAAUCUCUGAGUUUUAUGCCAUUGUUUCUGAUGACCAUAUCAACGAUUACAGUUUCCUGCACAGCAGGAAUGCGUAUUAGCCAAUCAGUUGUGUUGUGACAAGGUAGGGGUGGUAUACAGAAGAUAGCAUAUUCGGUAAAAGACCAAGUCCAUAGUAUGGCAAGAACAACGGUAUGGAAGGUAUGGGGGUGCUUUGCUGGAGACACUGUCUGUGAUUUAUUUAUAAUUCAAGGAACACUUAACCAGCAUGGCUACCACAGCAUUCUGCAGGGAUACGCCACCCCAUCUGGUUUGCGCUUAGUGGGACUAUCAUUUGUUUUUCAACAGGACAAUGACCCAACACAGUUCUAGGCUGUGUAAGGGCUAUUUUGGAGGAGAUUGCUGGGCCAAUUGUGCGCCGCCCUAUGGGACUCCCAAUCACGGCCGGUUGUGAUACAGCCUGGAAUCAAACCAGGGCCUGUAGUGACGUCUCUAGCACCGAGAUGCAGUGCCUUAGGCUGCUGCGCCACUAUUUAAUAGUUUUGAUGUCUUCACUUUUAUUCUACAAUGUAAAAAUAAAGAAAAACCCUUGAAUUUAGUAGAUUUGUCCAAACGUUUGACUGGUACUGUCGCAAGACCCAGUGGUUGAUGCUUAUUUAUAAACCCUCUUAGGUUUCACUCCUCCCUAUCUGAGAUAUUUACUGCAACCCUCAUCCUCCACAUACAACACCCGUUCUGCCAGUCACAUUCUGCUAAAGGUUCCAGAGCACACACAUCCCUGGGCCGCUCGUCUUUUCAGUUCGCUGCAGCUAGCGACUGGAACGACCUGCAACAAACACUCAAACCGGACAUUUUUUUUUAUCUCAAUCUCUUCAUUCAAAGACUCAAUCAUGGACACUUACUGACAGUUGUGGCUGCUUUGCGUGAUGUGCCAUUUGGCCCUCUGGCCUUCAUGCCUGGGGAGCUGGUCCAUACCAAUGAGAUCACCGUGCUGCUGGGGGACAACUGGUUUGCAAAGUGCUCUGCCAAGCAGGCCCAGAAGCUCGUGGAGCACAGGAAGAAACAUGUAAAUAGUGCGCUGGAUGACUUGCACAAGACGAGGAAGGACUUUGAAGCCAGAUUUGGGUUUACAGAGGAUUUAGAAAAACUCUCAGGCGCUAAAGGGGACUAUGUGGACAUCAGAGAAGAGGUUGAAAGUAUUGAAGAAAUGGUCAGCAAAGGAAAGCUGCGUGUGGCUCUUAAGCCCCACUCUAAGCCCAAGAUGGAGGCUGUUGUGAAGAUAGAGGAGGAGGAGGACGAAGAGGGCAGUGGAGAGGGAGAUGGAGGGAGCAGGAGAAGAGUGCUGUCCGAGGAGGAGCUAUGGGCCAGACUGGAUGAGCUGGAAGCACAGGAGGAGCACGAAGAGGAGCAUCACCGACGGUUUGACAGUGCAGACACCAAUGGCAACGAUGACACAACAUCCUCUGAGGAAGAGAAGGAGGGAGAUAGCGGCAGCCAUCAUCGUGUCAAUGGACAUGAUGAGAGGAGCAAAGGCAGGGCGUUUGUGCCUUACAACGGCAGCCAACUCAACAGUACAGCUCAGUCAACCAGGGAGGGGGAGGAGGAGGAAGAUGAAGCAGAGGAGGAGGAAGGCGACUGUUUGCCUACCAUCUAUUUCUCUCAUACGGUGGAACCUAAGAAGGUGAGGAUAAACACAGGGAAGAACACCAUGUUGAAGUUCAGUGAGCUGAAAGAACAGAAGCAGCAAGCCAAGAGGAAAAAGAAGAACGGCACCAGCAACGGUCACUCUCACCACGGGCUCCACAACAUCACUACGCCCACAGACCUCUACAGGUUGUUUGUGGAUGUGAAGAACGGCGAGCCCAUCCCCAGGAAGUCAAUCCUGAAGUCCCGGAGCAGAGAGAGCAGUGUGUGUAGUGACACCAGCGAGAGCAGCGCUGCCGACUUCGAGGAGCGGCGGACGUUUGGACGCACUCUGAGCCAUGACGAGAACACAUACAGCGACACCAGUGACGGCAUCACGGAGGAGGACAGCCCCACCGGGGUCCUCCUACAUCCCACCAGCAGCUUUCAGGCCUUUUCAGGCAAGGUGGUUGAGAAGGAGCCCAUUCCCUUGUCGAUCCCCCAAUUCACCAUUGCUCUGCCAGCGCUGCCCACCAUCCCAGAGAGGAAACUGGAGGAGGUGGCCCCCGAGGUCCCCCAAGAGGCCCCAAAGAGGGUGUCCAAGUUCAAAACUGCCCGGCUGAAGCAGAAGUGACCCAGAAGAGUCUCCAGGGUCCACACUACGGGCUCCUUUUUUUAACAUUGAUUUUCUAUGCCAACACUUUUUUGAGUUGGACAGACUGUGAACCCACCCUAUGAUCUGCCAUCCCUCUUAUUUUUUUGGCAUCACUCUUCAAGCCUCUCUUCUUCUCUUUCAUAAUGCUUUUCCUGUUAGUACACAUUGCAAUAUAAACAAUUUGCCUAACUUUGUUUCUCAACAAAGCAUAACUUUGUUGAGAAAGCAACCCAACACACUCACUCUUAACCAUUUACCUGCCUUGUAUAAUGGAACAUCAAGCUUUUUAGCAAAUAGCCCCAUUAUUUAUGAAUUAGUACUUCACCGCAAUAUGUUUUUAAGUAAAGAGGUCAUUUAUUUCGAGCCCUCAUCCUCCAACAUUAUGGCCCUACAUUAGUCAACACUGCCUAGGUGCGCAUUUUAUGGUGGUUGAUCUUGUGUCAGUGUCUUGACUAUACUCUGACAAAGCCAGUAGUUUACAACUCUAUUCAUUGUUUGAUCCAUGAUUUUGCCUGCUAUGCUAAGAUGACAUACUCUGCAUCAUUCAAUUUAUUUUUGCCUUUUCCUUUCUUAAUUAUUCUACGACAGGGUCAGAUGUCAACUUCCCUUUAUUUCCUCAAAUCCCCUUGUACCUGCCUAUUGAAUGUAUGUCCACCUGACCAGCUUUAUGUCAAAAAUAAAUAUUGUUGUAAACUGGAAUUAAAAUAAAAGAUUUUUGGACAAAG